AGCAGGUCCACCGUGGCGUUAGUAACGAGGAACAUCGAGCCAAGGCACCUGUGCCGUCAGACGUUGCCUAGCGUUAGAAGCGAGCUGGAAUGCGUGACCAACAUCACCCUGGCAAAUGUCAUCCGACAGCUGGGCAGCCUGAGUAAAUAUGCAGAGGACAUUUUUGGAGAGCUCUUUACUGAGGCAAAUACCUUUGCCUCUCGGGUAAGCUCCCUUGCUGAGAGGGUCGACGGACUACAAGUUAAAGUCACUCAGCUGGAUCCCAAGGAAGAAGAAGUGUCACUGCAAGGAAUCAACACCUGAAAAGCCUUCAGAAGCUCCACCAUUCAAGACCAGAAGCUUUUUGACAGAAACUCUCUCCCAGUGCCUGUCUUAGAAACAUACAAUACCUGUGAUACUCCUCCCCCUCUCAACAAUCUUACCCCUUACAGGGACGAUGGAACAGAGGCACUCAAAUUCUACACAGACCCUUCAUACUUCUUUGAUCUUUGGAAGAAGAUGCUGCAGGACACCAAGGAUAUCAUGAAAGAGAAGAGAAAGCACAGGAAAGAAAAGAAAGAUAAUCCAAAUCGAGGGAAUGUAAACCCACGUAAAAUCAAGACACAUAAGGAAGAGUGGGAGAAAAUUAAGAUGGGGCAAGAAUUUGUGGAGUCCAAAGAAAAGCUGGGGCCUUCUGGGUAUCCACCCACCUUGGUGUACCAGAAUGGCAGCAUUGGCUGUGUUGAAAACGUGGAUGCAAGUAGCUAUCCACCACCAUCACAGUCAGACUCUGCUUCUUCACCUUCUCCUCCCUUCUCCGAGGACAACUUGCCUCCUCCACCAGCAGAAUUCAGUUACCCCGUGGACAACCAAAGAGGAUCCGGUUUGGCUGGACCCAAAAGAUCCAGUGUGGUCAGCCCAAGCCAUCCACCACCAGCUCCUCCUCUAGGCUCUCCACCAGGCUCUAAACCCGGGUUUGCUCCACCACCUUCCCCUCCACCACCCCCGCCUCCAAUGAUAGGCAUCCCACCUCCACCACCGCCUGUAGGAUUUGGGUCUCCAGGGAUGCCUCCACCACUCUCACGCCCAUCUUUCCCACCUCACCCUGAUUUUGCUGCCCCUCCACCUCUUCCUCCACCACCGGCAGCUGACAACCCAACUCUCCCACCACCUCCCUUGUCCCAGCCAACAAGAGGAGCACCUCCUCCUCCCCCUCCUCCUCCUCCUCCGGGGCCCCCUCCUCCCCCUUUCACUGGUGCAGAUGGCCAGCCUGCUGUACCACCACCGCUUUCUGACACCACCAAGCCCAAGUCCUCCUUGCCUGCCAUAAGCGAUGCCCAUAGCGACCUGCUUUCAGCCAUCUAUCAAGGUUUUCAGCUGCGCAGGGUUGAGGAGCAGCAGGAACAAGAGAAGUGGGAUGUUGUGGGCAAUGACGUGGCCACCAUCUUGUCUCGUUGCAUUGCUGUUGAGUACAGUGACUCAGAAGAUGACUCCUCUGAAUUUGAUGAGGACGACUGGUCUGAUUAACUCUUUCUGCCUGCUGCCUACCUUCUUUUUCUUUCCUUCCUACCUGCCUUCUUUGAUGCCAACCCCAACAGACCCAUAGGGGAGAAAAGGGAGGAAAAACGUAAUUUUAAGGGGCCAAAGCUUUCCUUGAAGCAACCAAAGAUAUAUCCAAGUGCUUCCUCCAAGUCACAUGUAUUUCCUCUUCCCAUUGUCAGGCCCUGUGGGGCUCCUGAGAUUCAGUAGCUGGGAUGUUCCCUCUUUCCUUCAAGUGCCUGUUGCAUAUUUAAAGGAAGGAGAAAUCCCAAAGCAGAUUCCUUUGAUUGGGUUUCCGUUGGAGAUGGGGCCUUCCCUUAGGAGCCAUAUUCAACUACAGUCUUCUAAAACCUGUGCCCUCAGCCACUUCGAAUAAUGCCAGCCACCUUCUGGU